AGCUUGUAACUCAUUGAUUGCGCUUAGAGUGCAAGCAGCAGCCGCAGGCCAGAGAGCUGUAUCCGUAUUCCCUUUGCAGCUCCCAUUGAUCCGCUGCUCCGGCAUUCUGAGUGCAUUCCAUAGGGCAGGCGAUAUAUAGCUGUAGGGCUGCAUUUUGGAUUACUACAGCUGCUCCAUUCUCAUUCAUUUCGCGAGUUGUGUGUAGCUACAUAAAAAAAGAAAACUUGUGAGGCGGAUUUUUUGAGGAGCUAAAGUCUUAAGUAGAAAGGACAGAAUGGCCGGAGUCAACUCCCUGGAAGCAGUGAAGAAGAAGAUCCAAGCACUACAGCAACAGGCCGACGAUGCUGAAGAAAGAGCGCAGCUGCUACAGAGGGAGUUGGACAGUGAACGAGAGAUGCGUGAGAAAGCUGAAGGGGACGUAGCUGCACUAAACCGCCGUAUCCAGCUUGUGGAAGAAGAGUUGGACAGAGCUCAGGAACGUCUUGCCACUGCAUUACAGAAAUUGGAAGAAGCAGAGAAAGCAGCUGAUGAAAGCGAGAGAGGUAUGAAGGUAAUUGAGAACCGGGCAAUGAAGGAUGAGGAGAAGAUGGAUGUUCAAGAAAUGCAACUGAAAGAAGCUAAACACAUUGCAGAGGAAGCAGAUCGGAAAUAUGAAGAGGUUGCUCGGAAACUGGUUAUUCUUGAGGGAGAACUUGAAAGAGCAGAGGAGCGUGCAGAGGUGUCCGAACUCAAAUGUAGUGAUUUGGAAGAAGAACUGAAAAAUGUGACUAACAACUUAAAGUCCUUGGAGGCACAAUCUGAGAAGUAUUCUGAAAAAGAAGAUAAAUACGAAGAAGAAAUAAAGAUUUUAACAGACAAACUUAAAGAGGCUGAAACCCGGGCUGAAUUUGCAGAAAGAACAGUGACCAAACUAGAAAAGGCAAUUGAUGACCUGGAAGACAAGCUCGCAAGCGCCAAAGAAGAAAACUUGGGUAUGCAUCAAGUUCUGGAUCGGACACUACAAGAACUAGGCAGUUUAUAAUGGAAAACAAGAAACCCUCCAUAUAUCUAAACUAUUCAUUCCUUAAAGUUCUGCCUUCUCGCAUAUUUUUUCUUAACGUUCCGGGAGAAAAACAACAAAUGCAAACCAAAUAUUUUAUUUUUUAAGAGACCUUUUACAAGUAUGAGCCUACAAUCUCAUUUACAUUGGUGCAUUGUACUUAAUAUCACUUUUUUUAUACUAAGGACCCAUCUACAUUUUAUUCUAGAAUAGUCACAUGUUGUACUGUGUUCCACCUUUCUUAUGUUACUCUGUUACAAGACCACGUAAGUGUUGGUAUGAAAAUUUAGAGGAUGGUAAGAAUGUUACAGUCCCACCAAUAAAAAUCAAACAUGGAAAGCUUGCAGUGUUGGCAGUUGUUAGAAUAUACUUAAAUGUUGUUUUCAAGAAGAAUGUCUGGCAUCCUGCACCUUUGCUUGAUUUAAAAGACAAGGCAUCCCACUCCGACAAUUCAUUAUGGAAUAAUCAAUAAAGAAUUGUUUCCAGUU